AUGUCUUCUGGUACAGGUGGUAGCCUCAACUCCGGCGUCGGAGCAGACGGCGGCGGCGGGCACAGGAGUGCGUGCCUGACGGGCCUCCUCCGUCCCGUCGUGGAGCACCUACUGCUGCCAUGCUGGGCACUCAGGCUGCCGGCUCUCUCUUUCCUCUCCCCUUCACCCCUCGGCAGCCAGCAUCACGGGGGCGGCGCCGCCGCCGUCACGGGCACCGUCAUCUGCCACGAGAAUAAGAAGGUGAGGCUCUGUCUUCAGCUCGACCCAUCGGCACCUCCUCACCUCUUCGUCGAGCUCCCCCUCAUCGCCACCGAAUUCGCUGCUGGCAUCCGCGACGGCGGGUGGCGCAUCUCCCUCGAGUGCCUGAGUUUAGACGACGUGACGGCGGCGAAGCCGCUUUUGGAGGCGACGGAAGUGUGGAAAGUUUCCCUCAACGGGAUGAAGGCCGGGCUUGCGACUCGCCCGCAGAUGACGGAGAGGGAGGCUCGGCUUCUGGAGGUUACGAGGACGGUCUCCACGGGCGCUGGGAUCCUUCCCCCCGAUAUAGCGGCGGCGGCGCCUGCGUCGCCGUCGCAGUCGCCGGAGGGGACAGGCGGGUGCAAGUACCUGCGGGGGAGCUUCGAUAGGGUGGUGGGAUCGCCCGACUCUGAGUCGUACUACCUGGUGGACCCAGACGGCGACCUGAGUCAUGUGCUCAGCUUCUUCUUUUACCGGUGGCGGCGGUAG